AUGUUCACAUCUUCGGAAAAUGGUGACUCAUUAACAACAACUGAGGAUCCCAAUGUUGUUAAAACGCGUCGUAUUGAAAGAAAGUUUGAAAAAAUAUACUCAAAUAUCGAUGAUUUAGAUGAGCAAGCUGCGCAAUUCGAUGAAAGUUUUGAUGCAGCUGUGCAGGAGGAUGAGAUAAGUAAUUUACAAGGCGAUUUUUCAAAAAUGAGUUGGGAUGACAGUAUGUCACCGAACACAAAUACUCUAGGUGAUGUUGGCCAAAAUACGCCUGAUAAUGAUAUUCAAGAAAUAACAACAGAAGCGAGCGGUGAAAUUGACCAUUCAACUGAUACCACUCCUGUGCCAUUCUCGGCGGUUGUGCCCAAAAAUGAUUUACCUAAACCAAAACCACGAUCUGUUGUAGCCACUUCUCCCAUUAGUGAAUUUGAUGACAACUUGUUAACUUCAACACAGGAACAAAUCACUACAGAACCAUUACUGACUUCAACUGUCGAUGUAACAAGUGAAAGCUCAGUAUCUGCACCAGUGCCAGUUCCGAAACCACGUUCACAGUUAAAACAGACGGAUUCAUACAAAAAUUUGGCAUCCUUAGCUGAACAGUCAGACAGUAUUAGUUUACGUAGUUUGGAGUUUACAGAAGAUAUAUCUAAAACAGAUGAACCGUCUACAGAUAUAUCUAUACGUUCACAACGUGACAUGCACACAACUGAAACAGAAUCGUUUGAACCUACCAGCGAGUCAGUAGAUGAUGUUGAUACCGAAAAAUCUGACCAAGCAGAUGGAAAAACAACUAGCUUCUAUAUAGGAGAGUCUAGCCGAAAUGUGAUUGUAAAAACCACACCUACCAAAUCAACCAGUGAAUUUAUAACUGAUGCAAAUGACGCUAUGCAAGCCACAAUUGAAGCCAAAGAUAUCUCCUUAAUGAAGGAAGUUUCAGUAGAUUCUGAUGAAAAUAAUGAUGUAUUUAAAGAAUAUGUCACUAUGAAACGAGAUCAAGAAGAGUAUGGAAGUAAAUUGAUUCGUCAAAGUUCAGACACCAGAAAUGAUUUACUAGAACAAGAAUCGGCUGAGAGUAAACAAUCUAAAGAUGCUUUAGAAAAAUCAGUAGAGAGCACUAAGCUAACAAGCACAGUCUCAACUGAUGAUUCAAUAAAAGAAAUUUCUGAAAUAUCACGCACAGACUCACAGGAAUACACAGUAUCUACAAUCAUUACUGAAUCACUUGAUACGGUUCUUACGGACAAAGGUUAUACCUCAGUAGAAAAGAGUGAACUUGAAACGCUUGAAAAGGAAAUUCCAUUAUUUCAAAGCAAAUGCAAAGUAAUACAUUCCCCACAAGAUUUACAAGUUUCUGCUGAAGAGCCUAUGUAUAAAUCUACAGUUGAAAUAUAUCCUGCAGAAACGCAGUUAUCAUUAGAUUCUGCAAGUGAUUCCUUAAAAGAUAUAUCAAAAGACAUAGAAAUGCCAACCGAAAUUAAAACUGUAAUAGCGUCCAAGGAAAAAGAACCAAGCACAAGUGCAUCAAUCGAUACAGCAAAACUUUCUUAUGCUUCAAUGCAAGAAGAAGAAGAUAUAUCUUCCUUUAUUGGUAUACCAGACAAAGUACAAGAAGGCAUCGAAAAACCAUUUGACACUCUACAACAAACUGAGGGACUAUUUGAGGGUACUGUAAGAGAAACUCUGAAUCGUGAGGCAGUUAUGGCACACUACGCUAAAGAUGUGUUCAAUAAUUUGAAACCUGAGACCCUUGAUGAUCAUGGUUCUCUGGGUUUUGUAUCAACUGGAACUGGCGAAGAUUAUAGUUCAUCUGAAGAACAUGCUGCUAAAGAAGAACAUGCAUCUCUAGGCUUUAUUUCAACAGAAACAGCUGAAGAUUUCAGUUCUAUGGAAGAUUAUUAUCAAGAAAAAAUGGUAAAGGCUAAUAUUUUAACUGAAGAAGCUACUACACAGAAAAGCUCAAGCAGUAGUACAUUUGAAGAAAUAACUUCAGAUCAAACAAUGAAACCAUUUGACGUAGUAAUACAUCGUGUUAAAACUGAAUCAUCAACAGAUACAACAAAUCGUUGGUCGGUGCCAGAGAUUGAUCAAUCAAGUUCAAGUGAAAGUUAUUACAAAAGUUUUGAAAAAUCAGAAAGUCGUCCUUUAGAUGGGCCAGUUGAAAAAAGAGCAGGAGAAAUUCCUUUAUUUGAAUCUAUGCCUAGUUCAUCACAAAAGUCUAGAAAAAGGAAAAAUAAUUUGGACAACAACUAUGAAAUACUUUUGAAUAAAGUAAAAAGCAGGUCAAACAAGAAGUAUGAAUGGCUUAGAGAGCAGGUGGUGGCUACUUUAAAUGAAAUGAUCAACAAAAACAUCGUUAUGGAGGCUAUUAGUAAAAUACAAGAGCUUACAAUGAUGUUUACUGCAAAAGAUCUAGCCGAAAGUACCACAGUACCACAAACUAGACAUUUAAACAUAUUGGCAGAAGCUCUAGAUGGUGUUCUGGACGAAGAAGAUAUGUAG